AAAUAUCUAUUGUGAAUGUGUAGUACAAGAAGAAGUGGUCAUUUGAAAACAUGUUUAUUUCUAUAAAUUUCUUCAAUGGAUAUAAAUCAAGAAAUUACGCAAAUAAAACAUAUCACAACACAAAAAUUAUCAGAAAAGAGAAAAUUUGCAAAUAGUGACGAUGACAGUGAAGUUGAUGUCAAGAGAACGAAAUUACAGCCUGCAGAGGAUACUCUUCCGAAAACUGCAACUAAGGUUGCGACUGAAAGCAAUACUACGUUUACAAACGUAAAUGCAGGAACUAAAAAUACGUCUAUAAAGAUAAAUGCGCACCAAAGCCCUAAAAAACGUAUACAGCUAACUUCUCCAUUAAAUACUGAACAAAACCAAGUAAAAGAAAAGUUUAUUUACGGCAACUACAACAAAUAUUAUGGAUAUAGAAAUAAGGAAAGCAAGUAUCAGGACAUACGCCUGGAAGUCUUUGCUACUCAAUCAGAGAUGUUCAAAAACAAACAAAUGCUCGAUAUUGGUUGUAACAGCGGACUAGUAACAAUGGAAGUAGCCAAGUUAUUUGCAGUCAAAAGUAUUGUUGGGUUAGACAUAGAUCGCUCCCUCAUCAACCAGGCCAACAAGAUGUUAUUGCGUCAAAAGAAAAUUUUACCUAUGGAAAAUGAGGCACGUCGUCUGCAUAAAUUUCCUUACAAUGUUAGCUUUGUGCAUGGCAACUAUGUGUUACGAGAUGAUGUUUUAUUGGAAAUUGAACAUGAACAAUUUGAUAUAAUACUAUGCUUGUCGAUAACUAAAUGGAUACAUUUAAACUUUGGAGAUGCUGGAUUAAAGCAGGCUUUUCGGCGUAUGUAUCUGCAACUCCGUAACGGUGGUAAGCUUAUAUUAGAAGCGCAACCAUAUGAUAACUAUGGACGUCGUAAGAAAAUGACCGAGACGAUCAAUACUAACUUCAAAGCUAUGAAAUUCUUCCCAAAAGAUUUUAAUGACUAUCUACUUUCGGCGGAUGUGGGGUUUGAAAGUUUUGAACUAAUGGGUAUACCUGAAAACUGUAUAAAGGGCUUUAAGCGACCAAUACAGAUAUUUCAUAAAAAAUAAUGAAUGUCACAACAUUGACUGUGAUAAAACUAAGAAAACAAAAGAAUAUAUUUUGUUUCGAUUUUAUAAAACUUCAGCAUGUAUAUAUAAUUAUAUUUAUAGAAUAAAAAUGGUACAAAUAUUUCAAUAAUUUAAGAUAUAAUGCGAAUAAAAGUUACCAAAAUAUAUUUCGAACU